UGCUUUUAUUAUCAUUUUUCUUGUUCUUAUUAGUUGUUUUUAGGGUUCUUAAACUCCUUUGCUACAUCACAGAGGGUAUCGCCACCGGAGCUCGCGAAGAAGAUGUUGCCUUGUCCUAUGUAGAAUUCUGGGAAUCGUUUCUUACUUGUACAAAAGAAGGAAACCACAUUGAGAGAAUUGAAUCAUCAUUGAAAGGAAAAUCUUGUCCAAAUAAUGGAGGAGAGAGUUAUAAAUGCUGGGGUUUCCGCCAUGAAAUAAGAUUACGAGCUCGCGAAGAAGAUUUCACCUCUGUGACAAACCUCCUCGCCGACCCAAGAAGUGACCAAGGAACGUUAAACCAUAAGAUGUCAUCGGGAAAGCGCAAUGUCGAUGAAGAUGACAAGUCAGUUGCUAAGCGCACAAAGGCCUCCGACAAAGGGAAAAAAGUAGUUACCAAUGAGGAACAAAGUAUAAACAACUCACUUGAACGUGCACUGCAACGUCUACUAGAAAAAAAAGCAUCAAUAAUUGCAGGGAAGAUCACUGCAAAAGAAAAGAUUAAGGAGCCAAUAGUAGAGAGUGACAAUGACGAAGAUCGUUGUAGGGUCCAAUGUAGAUGCAGUCCAGAACGAUUAAGAGAAAUUGUGAUCGGUUUGAACGAAGCACAAAAGAAAGUUAUUUCAGAUAUAGGCUUCGGGUCCCUCCUUAAUCAUGAAAUUCCGUCAGUGCGUAGUUCUCUCAUAUGGUACUUGUACAACCAUAUGGAUCUUGAAAAAUUUGAACUAGUCCAACAUGGGGUAAUUUAUCCUUUCACUAUUCAAUCGUUUAAGGAAAUUAUGAAAAUCGAAGAUGGUGGUGAGGACAUCAACUUUGAAGAUUAUGUUGACACUGACAACAAAGUUCGAAAUGAAGUGUGCAACCUCGAAAAAUCCAUUAAGUGCACAGACUUGGUGGAGCUUAUAACCAACUCUGAAGAAGCUGAUGUUUUGUUCGUUGCACGUUUUAUGUUGGUAGCAUUGGGAUCCUUCUUGGUUCCCACAUCUGGAACGUACGUAAGAAAGGAGUACAUAAAUGCACUCUUAGAUGUUGGGCGAAUAAAGAAGUUGAACUGGGCUUCGUUCAUCUUUAAGUUCUUACACGAGAAUCUGAAAGCACAUCAAAAACGACUCAAUAAUUCGAAAGAUAAGGGCAAGGUUCAUUAUCUCCCGGGUUGUACUAUUUACCUUCAAAUAUAUUAUUGGAGCCAUAUAAAAAGGAAGUUGUACACUUCUCCUCGCCUCGGCCUUCCCAUGGCUUACUGGAAUGAGGACCGAGUGAAAGGAAUAUCCUCGUUCAUCUCCAAGAGUGGGGGAUUUGUGAAUGGGAAGAUUAUUCUACACCCGCCUAUGUUCAGGAAGACAUAUGGCCAUACAGAAGACACUUCCAUUCCAUUAUCCAACCAGGGAGGAACCUCAUCCUCUACAUGCUGCAACUGCAUCUUAAGAGAUGAAAUGAAGGAGAGGGAUAAAAAGUUAGACACUACUUGUCAAGAACUACUAAGAUUAUUUGACUCUUUCAAAGCCGACAUCUCUAAGGACAUCGGAAAGGGCUUCGUCACUAUGAAGCAAUGUAUCAUUGACGAGGUUAAGGAAUCUUUUAUUCCAGAGCUUCGUGAAGCUAUAUUACCUGAGGUGAGAAAAUCUGUGACAGCCGAGUUGCAUCAAACAGUGAUGAAAGAGUUGAGGCAGUCCGUGUUAAUGGAGUUGAGGCAAUCUCUACUGAAAGAACUGAUGGAAGUUAUUGAUAAGGACGGGGAGAGAAAUGAUGAGGAGGCCGACAAAGAAAUGAUGGAAGUUAGUGAUAAGGACGGGGAGAGAGAUGAUGAGGAGGCCGACAAAGAAACUAGCUCGAUGAGCACUUCAAAUGAGGAUCAGUUUGAAAAUGAAAACACGAGAAAUUUGGAGUUUGACAACCCGCCUACCAACAAUCAAUAUGAGGUUGGCCCUGUGGAUUUGACAAUGGUAGAAGACAUCGGUCAUGAAGGUGAAUGCACCUCGGCCAUCAAAGUUCUCCUUGCUUCAAACGCGUAUCAAAAGACCGAAAAAAGAUUCCACUCAAGCAAGGAAUUGUAUGUGGACACUUUCCACUUGAAGGAGCCAGCAAGCGAGAUUGAAUUUAAGCUGGCAAUGUUCGUUUUCGGAAAAAAUUUUGAUAAAGGGUACCCUUUUGUGAAAUUUCAAAAACUUGAACUUUUUCGGCAACAACUACUGUGCUUGAAGCCUGGAAUGGAAAUAACUGAUUCAGUAAAUGUCUUCAUUAAUAUUUAUCUGUUCUAAGCAUUAUUAGAAGAAAAAAAAAAAUACUACGAAGAGAUUAUGCUUAGUGGCAUGUUGAUUUGUGCAAGUUAUUAGUUGCUACGCACACUUAUUGACGCUGAAAGAACGUGAAGCAGCCCCAGAUGGAGUACCGAAAUAUUGGUUUAUGCCUUGUCGGGUCUCUCAUGAAAAUCUUGGGUUGUCAUGCUCUGUUAGCACUUGGGCAAGACAACAAAAUUGGAGGGAUCUAUUUUACGGCAAGUUGGCAAAAACUGAACAUAUGUGUGUCCCGGUCAUAUGCAAAACUAAAACUCCCCACUGGUUCAUGUGUGACAUAGACAUGUUGGCGAGUAAGGC